AUGGGUGUUAUAAGAUCCAAACAGCAGACAACGAAAGACUGUGAAGAGUUUAGGAAAGGAAAUCACGCCAUGGUUAAGCGACUAAGUUUAAAAAGUUUAAAACAAGAAUACGAGUUAGAGCCCUCAAGAGGUUUCAUAGUUCGCUUCGCAGGGAAAACAGAAACAUCGAAGCCCGGAGGUGAAAACAUGGAUAAAUGUCUUAAAAAACUUUACAAGGAAGUAAGCGAUAAUUUAAGCAGUCUUCCAAGAGUUUGUUUAGAAAUUUCAUCUACGGAUGUUAAAAUUCGAUGGCUGCAAGUUGCUGGUGAUCAAGAAGACAUUGAGGUGCCAUUCAGUCGGAUCUCAUUUGUCGUAGCUGAUAAAAAGCACCAACUUUUCGCAUUCAAUGACUUUGUUUCGCAGAAACCGAAGAAGGCUGAAUGCUACGCUUUCAUCUGUAACGAAUCGGAGAAAUCUGAUGUGAUUGCAAAUGCUCUGUCGGAAGCCUUUAAAAGCGUUCACCAGCGUCCACGAAGGGGAUCGACUUUAUCUGCGAAAGAAGGUGGAAAUUAA